AUGCUGAGCCCGGAAGACGGGCAGCCGUAUGGGUACUUUCCAAUGCGGCUCGGCCAGACGCUGGACGAAGGUAAAUAUAUGGUCGUGCGCAAACUCGGAUAUGGCACCCACUCAAGCAUGUGGCUCGCUAAAGAGAUAAUGCCUGACGGGCAUUGCUAUGUUGUGAUCAAGGUCUUGUCGGUCGCCGCCACAUACGCUGAAUGCGAUGAGCUCUGCUACGAGUCUGCAGUCGCAACGAGCAUGGCGACAUUUCAGACAUCGGACACGACACAUCCCGGCUUUCGGCACUGCGCGACGAUCAGAGAGGCUUUCAUUGAGGAAAGCGCCCACGGUGAGCAUUUUCGCGUGGUUCUCCCUCCUUACGGCACCUCUUUGCGCGAUAUUCUCGAGACCUCUCCGACCUGCCGCUUCGCACUCCGGACGGUGAAGAGGGUCACGAGGCAGGUCCUUCUGGGCCUCAGUUUCUUGCAAUCUAGGCUUCAAAGGGUGCACACAGAUGUCAAGCUGGCGAACAUUCUCGUCGACUUGGGAGCCAGUACCGAACAAAUAGACAGCUUCCUUGCGAACGACCCCCCGCAGAUCUAUGCGGACUCGCCUCCGAUCAACCCGCAGAUAUCGCCACAUCCUAUACCGGCCGUACGGUCGCAGCCCCUCCCUAACUUUGGUCUGGAUCCAACGUAUGAGAACCUGCAUAUUCGUCUCAUUGAUUAUGGGAACGCCAUACGUGCAGACGAUAUCAGCCCGGAUACGUUCAUCUGCACACCGACCGACCAGCGCGCGCCCGAGAUGUUACUUGGACAUGCGUGGUCGUAUCCCGUCGAAGUUUGGGCGGUUGGCUGUCUGAUAUUUCAAAUGCUUACAAGGAGAGCGCCGUUUCCCCCUUACACCGGGGACGACCAUCUAGCUGUUAUCUACGAUCGUCUUGGCCCGUUCCCUAUGGAUUUUGUGCGACGUUGCAGGCAUGGCGAGGAGCUUGUUGAUAGCCAAGGCACGCAGGACCUCAGCGACCUUUGCCGUUUCUUGCGCAAGUGUUUCACGAUUGAUCCAUUAAUGAGGCCUACAGUCCCCGAGCUGCUCGCGGAUGCGUGGCUCGUGCUUUGA